GCUUUGGCUGCGGCCCCGGUGUAGUAGCGGGGGCGGCGGCCGGGGGCAGCGCGGCUCCUUCCCUUGUUGUGUGUGUCGGUGCCUCCUCGCCAUCUUGUUGCAAAGCCUUUUCUUGUCGGCGGGACUCCCGGGGCCCGCGGGGCGGGAGGCGUCAGAAGGGAGGGGGGGGGCAGGAGGGAGGCAGUGCCGCCUUUUUUUUUUUUGCAUCAAUUCUUUUUAAUUUGCAAAUUAUAUUUUGCAAAUAUUUUGGGAAACAUUGAUUUUUCUCCCUGUGCUCCCCCGUUCUUCUCUGCGGAGUGCGCUGCGCCGCCCAGCCCUGUCGCCCCCCGGAGGUGACCCCUCCCUCCUGCCUGCCCGCCAGCCUGACCUGUGCCCGGCUCGCGGGCCGCAGUCUCGGCCCCGGCGCGCCCCCGGCAGCUGUCGGCGCGAUGAGCAUAGAGACGCUACUGGAGGCGGCCCGCUUCCUGGAAUGGCAAGCGCAGCAACAACAGAGAGCACGUGAUGAGCAGGAGCGGCUUCGCUUGGAGCGGGAGCGGGAGCAGGAGCAGAAGAAGGCCAGCAGCCUGGCCAGGCUGGCCCAUGCCCUGCCUGUGGAAGAACCCCGCAUUGAGGCACCACCCCUGCCUCUGUCCCCCCCAGCACCCCCGCCAGCACCCCCACCCCCACUUGCCACCCCCACCCCACUGACUGUCAUUCCUAUUCCAGUAGUGACCAACUCCCCUCAGCCUCUGCCCCCACCACCACCACUGCCCCCCGCAGCCCAGCCUCUGCCCCUGGCACCUCGCCAGCCAGCUCUGGUUAGCACUCCUGGACUGAGCAUUAAGGAGUCUGCCCCCCUGCCCACCAGGCCACAGGUGCCCACCCCUGCUCCCCUACUGCCGGACUCCAAGACCACUGUUCCGUCCACUGGCAGCCCCAAGCCUUUACAGCCCCUCCCCACACCUAUCCUGACCAUUGCACCACACCCUGGAGUCCAGCCCCAGCUGGCCUCCCAGCAGCCACCCCCACCCACUCUUGGGACGCUGAAGUUGGCACCAGCUGAAGAAGUCAAAUCCAGCGAACAGAAGAAGAGGCCUGGGGGGAUCGGAACCAGAGAAGUCCACAACAAAUUGGAGAAGAACAGGAGGGCCCAUCUGAAGGAAUGCUUUGAGACCCUGAAGCGAAACAUCCCCAACGUGGACGACAAGAAGACGUCGAAUCUGAGCGUGCUGCGGACGGCGCUGCGGUACAUCCAGUCCCUGAAGAGGAAGGAGAAGGAAUAUGAGCAUGAGAUGGAGCGGCUGGCCCGAGAGAAGAUUGCCACGCAGCAGCGGCUGGCGGAGCUCAAGCACGAGCUGAGCCAGUGGAUGGACGUGCUGGAGAUCGACCGUGUGCUCCGGCAGACGGGCCAGCCCGAGGACGACCAGGCGUCCACCUCUACUGCCUCUGAGGGUGAGGACAACAUAGACGAAGAUAUGGAGGAGGACCAGGCCAGCCUGGGGCCACCUAAGCUGAGCCAUCGCCCCCACCCGGAGCUGCCGAAGCCACCACCCAGCACUACCCCCGUGCCUCUGCCUCCCCACCCACACUCCCACUCCCACCCUGUGGCCCUGUCUCCUGCCCACCUCCCUGGGCAGCAGCCACCACCACAGCAGAAGACACCUCUGCCAGCCCCUCCUCCCCCACCAGCUGCCCCUGCCCAGACGCUGGUGCCUGCUCCGGCCCACCUGGUGGCCGCAGCUGGGGGAGGCUCUACAGUCAUCGCCCACACAGCCACCACCCACGCCUCAGUCAUCCAGACUGUGAACCAUGUUCUACAGGGUCCGGGUGGCAAGCACAUCGCCCACAUCGCCCCCUCGGCUCCCAGCCCUGCUGUGCAGCUGGCACCUGCCACACCCCCCAUUGGCCACAUCACAGUACACCCUGCCACCCUUAACCACGUGGCCCACCUUGGCUCCCAGCUGCCCCUGUACCCGCAGCCUGUGGCAGUGAGCCAGCCCGUGGCAGUGAGCCACAUCGCCCAUACUCUCUCGCACCAGCAAGUGAAUGGCACAGCCGGGUUGGGGCCCCCAGCCACUGUCAUGGCAAAGCCAGCUGUGGGGGCUCAGGUGGUGCACCACCCCCAGCUGGUGGGCCAGACAGUGCUCAACCCUGUGACCAUGGUCACCAUGCCCUCCUUCCCGGUCAGCACACUCAAGCUGGCUUGAGGAUGAGGCCACUCAGAGGCCCCCAGUGGGGGCAGGGAGGGGGACCUGUCCCCCACUCUCCCACCCACCAGCUCCACACAUUCCAGCCAGGCCCAGGCCCGCCCUGCCCACACCCACCCCCAGGCCUCCUAGGGGAAGUGGGUGCAGAGACUCUGAGCCAGGGGAGGGAGGGGCCACCCCAGGUAGCUGGGCGCAGGGCAGGGGGUUACCCCACUGCACUAGGACUUGAUAAAGUGAUGAGAGAUGCUCUGGUGACCGUGCCGCCUGUGGGCCUGGUGCCAGCUCCAGUGCCGUCCCUGCCUCCCCACCUGUCCCUGAAACCAGUGCGAUGUGGAUGUGGUGUUCUCCAACUUUCCCCUACCCUGCCUGCCUCUCUGUGCUGCUGCUGCUAUUGCUGUCUGGUGAAGUGGCUGAGCGCCUGGGCCCUCCCCUCCCGAGCCUCAGCCUUCUCUUCCCAGGCCUUUGGAGGGGAAAGAGGGAAGCAGAACUGAAGCAAUUUGGCCCAGAAAGCUGAGGACUGUGGGGGCCCUGCUCUGAGUAUAGGUGACAAAUCUUAGGAAGUGGCUGGAGUCCCACCCAGACAGGUGGGUUCCCCAGCGUGGGGCUCUGGAACCCAGUUGCAAUCACUGUGAUUCGUCACAGCAGAAACUAGUUAACGAUUCUCUGCCAACAGUAAGCAAAACCGAAGUUGUUGCCAAGCUCCCUGAGUCCGCCAGUCUUUGCCACUGGGCUCGUGACCUCACGAGAGCAGGCUGAGUGCGGGGGCAGG